UGACGUUCGAUGUAUAUGAGCGCAGGCGGCGGGAUCACUCUUCCUUUUACCGCCAUCGGAGCGGACUCUUUCUUUCCCGGGUCCGUUACACUGCUUAGCGCCAGCUCUCUCUCCCGGUCACGGAGCGAAGCCUCACUUGAAAUUCAACAAAGAUGGCAGAAGUUGACAACAAAGACCAGACAGAGAUGGACCCGGCAGACAUGGAGGACGUGGAGGAAGUGGAGGAGGAAGAGACGGGAGAAGACGUCAACAGCAAAGCUCGCCAGUUGACUGUGCAGAUGAUGCAGAACCCACAGAUCCUGGCGGCGUUGCAGGAGCGGCUUGAUGGGCUCAACGGCUCCCCAUCAGGCUACAUUGAGAGCUUACCCAAAGUAGUGAAGAGACGUGUGAACGCCCUGAAGAACCUGCAGGUCAAGUGUGCUCACAUCGAGGCCAAGUUCUAUGAGGAAGUUCACGAGCUGGAAAGAAAGUACGCCGCCCUCUACCAGCCGCUUUUUGACAAAAGAAGCGAGAUCGUGAGAGCGGCUUACGAACCCACAGACGAGGAGUGUGAGUGGAAGGCAGAUGAGGAGGAAGAGUUGACAGUAAGUAAGAAGGACGAGAUGAAGGAGAAGGCCAAGCUGGAAGAAGAGAAGAAAGACGAGGAGAAGGAAGACCCUAAAGGCAUCCCAGAGUUCUGGUUAACAGUUUUCAAGAAUGUGGACCUGCUCAGUGACAUGCUGCAGGAACACGACGAACCCAUCCUUAAACACCUACAAGAAAUUAAAGUUGAAUUCUCAGACCCAGGAAAGCCCAUGAGCUUCACUCUAGCCUUUCACUUUGAGCCCAACGAGUUCUUCACAAACACAGUUCUGACGAAAACCUACAAGAUGAGGUCUGACCCGGACGAGAAUGACCCCUUCUCCUUUGAUGGGCCGGAGAUCAUCAGCUGCACAGGUUGCACGAUUGACUGGACAAAGGGCAAGAACGUCACAUUGAAAACCAUCAAGAAGAAACAGAAGCACAAGGGACGCGGCACAGUCCGAAUGGUCACCAAAACGGUCCCCAACGACUCGUUCUUCAACUUCUUCAGCCCACCUGAAGUCCCUGAGAGUGGAGAGGUGGACGAAGACUCUGAGGCAGUUUUGGCCGCCGACUUUGAGAUCGGCCACUUCAUCCGUGAGCGCAUCGUACCCCGAGCUGUGCUCUACUUCACUGGAGAGGCCAUCGAAGAUGAUGAUGAUGACUAUGAUGAAGAGGGGGAGGAGGCAGACGAUGAGGAAGGUGAGGAGGAGGCCGAUGAGGAGAAUGACCCAGAUUAUGAGCCCAAGGUUUAAAUGGUGACAGUAGAAACUAGAACCCUAUCCUGAAGGACACAGACCCUCCAGCUGAGUGCAAGACGCAGUAAAACCUGGCAGGCUUUUUCAAGGAUCAACUGCACUGUUAACCGCUAAAUUAAACUGGGAAUUAAAAAAAAAGGAUCUAAACAAAAGAUUAGUUACUUACCGCCUUAUAAUGUUUUGUAUUUUUCUUGGUAGAGAAAUUUGAAGAAUAAAAGGUUUUUGUUACAAAAACACGGUAUUAUACUGGGAGCUGCACGGCUCGAUAUACAUAGUAUUUUACUAGACCUGUUUCUUCUCCUCCUCCUCCUCUGUACUAUAGAUAGAACCCUGGGGGAACGCAUGUUUCUUCACUGCUAGUUUGGGUUUUUGUGAAGUCUUUUGUUGUAUUUGCUCUUAGACAACAGCUGUGACAUCAUAGAGGCGACGUUGAUUGUGCCCCUCUUUAACCAAAGUACCUAAACUCUUUGUAAAAGCACUGUAGCAUCGUGACGGUGGACUCGACUCUAGGUUUGUGUGGCAAUGUCUGCACCACUACUUUCCACUCUCGAUACAUUCCAGUGAGCAGUGACUGGCUUUAUCGGAGACGUAAGAGGAAUCUGCUCUAAACUGGACGGAUGAUAAUUUGAACAUUCCAGUGGGUUCCUUCACAGCGGGAACGAGAUGAGGCCAGUUCAGAGGCUGCCUUGUACUUCAUUCUCUUCGUCGGCAGUAGCUUUGUGGCUUUCGUCUGUUCUUUAGCACUUUGUACUGUGUUGUGGAGGAGAUGACGGAGAGGUGAGGAGUAAAUAUGACCUUCCCAACCAUCACUGUGAACAUGAGGGCUUGUGUGUGCACACGACUAAAGCGACCGCCUCCCUCCCACACGCUACCACCCUUUAUUUCUGCCCCACACAGGUAUGUCGGAGCAAUAUUGCAUAAAUGAGAGGGAGCCCAGAUAAAUAAGCCCUUGCUAACCUUGCGGUUAUUUCCCCAAAGCCCUAUUUUUUUGAAGUGUCUCAGACUGUCGUGUCAAAAGGCAGAGGUUGUCGUGUAAAAACCUGGUUUCUGCAGGGUCCUUCAGAGCAGCUGUUGUCAAGGCAAACAUGCUAUGCUACAUACAUACUGAUGUACUCAACUGUAAUGUGUAAGUUCAUGAAUAAAUUUAAAACUUUAAACUGA